AUGACUGAUUUAUCUGAAUUAAUGAAAAAACAAUAUUUUCAAGUUAUAUUUGAUGGUAUUUCUUAUUAUGAAGGGAUAUUUUCAAUUCAACAAGCAUUCCAAAACAAAGACAUUUCAAUUAUCUUUGAAACAGAUGAAGGUGUUUUUGGUGUAAAUCAUCAUAUCGAAACAGGAGAAAAAUGGAAUAGAGAUUUUGGUUUGUCUAUUUUCUGUUUAAGGAGUAAAAAAUUACAAACACCUUCACUUUUUCGAUGUUAUAGGUAUUCUUCAAGUAGACUAAUUGGUCAUAGUUAUGAAGUGUUAGGAUUUUGUACAUAUAAUAUUGACACAUCAAUUAUGACAAUUAACAAUAAAUUCCAUGUUCAUUUUAUUGACUUUACAGGAAAAGGACCAUAUGUAUUUGCAUCAGAACUAAACAAAAUCAAAGUCAAUAGUUUCUCUGUAAUUCAAUGGAUUUGA